UCUAUAUUAACACGUAAUACUUGUGCCACAAAUAAACAAGUGAUCGGUCAGAAGGAAGUGCACAACCAAUUGGCUUACAGUUCAAUCAAUCGUAUAAUAAUGUUGGAUGUCUUUCGGAGCUUAAAAACAUUGCUUAAGACAAGUCGCGUUCAAAUUGAUAACAAUGUGUUUCGAUUGCAUUACUCAAUAACUGUUAUUUUAUUGCUGGCCUUUUGUGUUAUUAUUACAACUAAGCAAUACGUCGGCGAUCCUAUCGAUUGUGUCCGAAGUGAAGCCAUUCCUCAAAGAUUCAUACGACAUAUACUUUUUCACAAAGAAGUUGGCGUCGAUGUUGUGGCUCCCGGUGUAGACAUGGAGUCCAAUCAGAAAGAGUUUCGAUAUCACAAAUACUAUCAAUGGGUUUGCUUUGUGCUGUUCUUUCAAUCGACAUUGUUUUACAUUCCGCGAUGGCUGUGGAAGAUGUGGGAAGGUGGCAAGAUUCAGGCACUUAUGAUGGACUUGGAUGUCGGCGUCUGCAGUGAUCAGGAAAAGAAACAGAAAAAGAAACUUCUGGUCGAUUACCUGUACAACAGUCGGGGUCAUCACGACUGGUAUGCGGCGCGCUAUCUGUUUUGCGAAGUACUCGCUUUGGCUAAUGUGAUCGCACAGAUGUAUAUGUUGGACAAGUUCUUCGAUGGAGAGUUUCUCACCUAUGGAUUACAAGUCAUUCAAUUCGCACAACAAGACCAGGACUUGACUAUGAAUGAAGAGGUGGAGUGCGAUCCGGGAUGGGAUGCAAUGGUAAUACCAGUGCAUUACAGUGUUCUACAUGUAGUGGUGUUUUACUUCAUGUUUGGUUUCAAACUCGACCCGUGUUUGAAACCGAUCUCCGAUCUGAACAGUGGCCACAUUUUCUACAAAAGGAUCUAUAAUAACACGCAAUACUUGUGCCACAAA